CUUUAAUUCUGACACGUGAGGGGACAAGGUGUCAAGAAAAAUGGAACCCGCUGUUUUCCUGUUUCUGCUCACCAGCUGAUGUGUACAAGAUUUUUGUGGCUCUCUAAAAGGCUACAGCUGUCUUCUCCGACGCGCCGAGGAGGAGGAGGAUGCUCUAUGCCCCACAUGUGAUUGUCAUGUCUUCAGCCUUUUUCAAUCCCAGCUUUGCCUUCAGCUCCCACUUUGAUACAGAUGGGGCACCGCUGAGUGAGCUCUCCUGGCCGUCCUCACUGGCUGUGGUGGCUGUGUCUUUCUCGGGCCUCUUCACCUUCGUCUUCCUGAUGCUGGCCUGCCUCUGCUGCAAGAAGGGAGACAUUGGGUUCAAGGAGUUUGAAAACACUGAGGGAGAGGACUACCAGGCAGAUCUGUCCGGACUGACCCCGCCCUCAUCACACAAUGGUCCAGAGGUCUACAUCCUGCCCCUCACUGAGGUGUCACUGCCAGUGUCCAAGCAGCCCGGACGAUCCAUCCAGCUACUGAAAUCUUCAGAUCUGGGUCGCCACAGCCUUCUUUAUCUGAAAGAGCUUGGUCAUGGCUGGUUUGGAAAGGUCUUGUUGGGUGAAGUCAAUGCGGGCCUCAGCACCACCCAGGUGGUGGUUAAGGAGCUCAAGGCCAGUGCCAGUGUCCAGGAACAGACACAGUUCUUAGAGGAGGUUCAACCAUAUCGUCUUCAGCAUCCGGCACUGCUCAUGUGCCUGGCACAAUGCACAGAGGUCACUCCUUAUCUGCUGGUCAUGGAGUUUUGUCCUCUGGGCGAUCUGAAGAACUACCUCCGCAGCUGUCAGGGAGCAGAGUCCGAGACCCCUGACCCCUUGAUCCUUCAGAGGAUGGUGUGUGACAUUUCCUCGGGACUCCUCCAUCUUCACAAACACAACUUCAUUCACAGUGACCUAGCUCUCAGAAACUGCCUGCUAACCUCAGAAAUGUCAGUAAAGAUUGGGGACUAUGGCCUUUCUCACAGCCGAUACAAGGAGGAUUAUUACAUAACUCAAGAUCAGAUCUGGGUGCCUCUUCGUUGGAUUGCUCCAGAACUCAUAGAUGAAGUUCAUGGAAAUCUGCUGGUUGUAGACCAAACCAAAAGCAGUAACAUAUGGUCAUUGGGCGUGACCAUGUGGGAGCUUUUUGAGUUAGGAAAUCAGCCCUACAGACAGUUCUCAGACCGACAGGUGCUGACCUAUGCUGUGAAGGAGGAACAGCUUAAACUACCCAAGCCACACCUCCAGUUUCCCCUGUUAGACCGCUGGUAUGAGGUGAUGCAGUUCUGCUGGCUGCAGCCUGAGCUCAGACCCAGCAGCGAAGAGGUGCACCUUCUCGUCACUUACCUGUGUGCUAAAGGCUCCAGUGAAGCAGAGGAGGAUUUUGAACAACGCUGGAAUGCACUGAGACCCAAUUUACUGGGGAGCAGUACCCACACCUCCUCAUCUGCUCUGGUUCUCACCCCCACCCCCUUAGAGCAAACCCAGGUGGAGCUGGCCUCCUCCGCUUCCUCCUUCCCCCUUCUCGAACACUUCACAGACAGCUUCCACUCAGACUCCGGAGAUGACCUGCUGACUGUUACUGAGACCAGUCAGGGGCUCAACUUUGAGUACAAAUGGGAACAGGCCCGAGCAGAGCAGCCAUACUGCUCAUCAUCUACCAGUGGGCCACUUGGGCAGGGAAACCCACAUUAUCAGGACAUUUACUAUUCAUGCCGAGAAAGCACGUGCAGGGGUGAUAGUCCCACCUACUAUGAACCAGAACACCCAGGGGUGGUCCCAGUCCUGAGCGCUCACAGCCCCUCUGUAAGCAGUGAGUACUACAUUCGCAUUGAGGAGCCAGUAGAAUGUAAUAUCACUCUUGAUGACAGCAUAGUAGACUAUAGCCCUGGUCUGGAAGCCUGCAGCGUGUCUCCUGAGACCACAUCAUCCAAGGCUCAGUCCAGUUCAUACUGGUCCACAGCGAAUAACCUCAAAUCCACCUGCUAUGAUUCAGAUUCAAGUCCCACUGUUCAGCUAGCAAUGGAACCACUGGGGAGGGAAAACUCCAGCCCAAAUGAUCAAUGCAGCUCACAGCACAUCUCAUCUAGUGUCGUCUACAGUGAACGGCAGCCUUGUCACUCUGAUGAAGACAUGUCACCAGAGUCAAGAACACAAUGUGUACGUCCCAUUGAGCGAUUAGAUGCUCCCAUGAAUAUUUCAGUAGGCGUUAGCAGCCCUAGUUUAGGCUUCUGUGACCCCUAUUUAGAAGCGAGUAACAGUUAUUCUAUGGACCCCCUUCAAAAAACAAUCCCUGUUGUUAACCACAUUAGCAUUGAUGUGGAGUCAGAUGAUGGCAUUUUAAUGGGUAGACGGAGCAGCAGGGAAGUAAACAAUGAUGACCUUUUCUCUGAAGGAGAGGCCACAAAUUGGACAUCAAACCACUCGGCAAACAACAACAGCCUUAGUAUUGAUGUCCACCACACAGGCACUGGUCGGGACAACUAUCUCGACCUCCAGUAUCAUGUCAACACAACAGACAUUUGGUCUUUAACUAAAGCCACAACUAGAACAUUUGUGAGCUCCAAGUCUAGUGGCCCAUUAGAUGAAAGACAGACCCCAGGUGGAGUGGAUUCAUAUAUUCACAUUCAUCAUGAAGGAAUGAAGCAACCUGUUCCCCAAAUGGGCACAAGUGCGUUUAAUCUUAAGAGUGGCAAGGAAACAAAUUCAAAAUCAUCCUGCACUGGUGACAGACUGUACUCUGAACCCCAAAUUAUACCAGAAACAUCCUUCAUAAAAUCUUCAUCUUCUGGAUUAGUUGAUAAACAGAAAACCUGGGAUGGUGCAGGGAUCCACUUAAGUCUGCAGGACAGCAAGAGAGAAUUGGAUAGUGGGGUUAGGGUUCCUACAACUAGUUUGGUUGGACUUGGUGACUACAGCGAGGAUGAAGAUGAUGACUUAACAUACAUCACAUCAGGCAUUUUUUCAGACUAUAACCUUGAUUAUGCCAAUCUUGAAGAAGAAGAACUUAGUCCAAUAAAAAACACGAAUGGCACACCUGGUUCAGUAGACACUCUCAACCUGUCCUCCUCCAUGGAACAAGCCUUUAGUCCGGACAACUUCAACAUGCCCAUCCUGCCCAAAUCACUGGACAGUGGCUAUGACACAGAAAAUAAUGAAUCCCCAGAGUUCUUGUUCAAAGAUGACCAGAGUCCUAGAAUUUGUGAGGAUUUUGUUUUGCAAAUGGGACUAGAUCAAGAGUUAUCCACAAGUGUUUCAGAGAUACAGUUGAAACCACUGACAGACAAAAACCCAUAUCGAGAUUCAGCAUAUUUUUCAGACUAUGAAAAUGAAAGAAGUCCGCAUGAAGAUGGAAACAGGUUCUUUUCAAACCCUGAGAAGACACAGCCUGUCAAAGAUGCUGUAAAAUUCAAUGAUGACUUACAACACAUUAAAACUAAUUUUGAAGUAGAAGUUAGUAAUAGACAACUUACAACUCCAGGGCUAUCCAUGUUGUCGCCUUUUCCUCCUGAGAUGGGUGGGUGUCUAACAAAAGAGUCCGCCCCUGCAGAUGAGGAACUUGGAUUGGAAACAGAACAAAUUGUGGAGGAACUACCCUCGGAGCUUAGUUCUUCUGUAUCCGAGCCAUCUUCAUCAGUUCAAGAAGGUUCAUCCAAUCAGGAAGAUGGGAGGAAAACUGGGAAUGCACUACCUGAUCACUCACUGCAAUCAAACUGUACCCUGAAUGAAGAUACCCCUACUGAAAAUACAGAUGGCUCUACCGAGGAUGAGGAGAUUCCAGAAAUCAAUAGCAUCAGUAAAGAAGAGGAGAGGGCUGACGUGACCAUAAAUGAAGAAGAUUUUGAAGACAUAGAUGCUGAUUCACAGGACAGUCUUUGUGAAGAGUCCUCCAACGGUCCUGCCAACAUGUCUUCUUCCUCCUCUCUGUUAGAACUGUGUGGUGAGGACGUGAGGGCGCCCCUAGAGGAGGCGGAGGAGGAGUACGACUCAGAUGACAGUGAAUCUGAUGAAGAGCUGAGAACAUAUAACAUCCAGGAGGAGGAAAGCGAGGAGAGUGAGGAGGAUUUUAGCAUGGUGCCUGUGGUGGUGAGUGACUGCAGCAGAGCAAGACACCUGCGCAGCCUCCUGAAGAUGCCCACGCUGCUCACACAGUCCUUCUGUGAGGAGCUGGAGAAGAAGAAGAAAGCAGUGUCCUUCUUUGAUGAUGUCACCGUGUUCCUCUUUGAUCAGGAAAGCCCAACUGGAGAACUUUCUGAUUACACAUUUGCCACUGAAGCAGAGUCUCCAGAAGAAGAACAACUUCCCGUCUACCAGCCUCUACAAGACCCCGAGACCACUGCUCCAACUGACACUGCUCUUGAACAAACAGAAGAGAUUAGCAAUGACAAGAGUGAGCCAAAUGAAUUGGAAGAUGAUGUCCCAUGUGAGCCAAACUUGCCUUCCCCUAAUGGGCACCCCGAGACCCUUUCCUCCCCAGUGUCCAGUCCCAACAGUCCAGACUCUCCCAAACCUUCUUCUGUGGCCCUUAAUCGUUUUAUAGUGUCACGAUUCUCAAUCACACAUGUCACUGACUCCAACACAAGCUCAGUAGCAGAAUCUAUUGAAGACAGCCUGAAUGACUGAGCCAUUUUGGAUAGCAGAAAACCCCAGAACUCAACACAGACAACAGCAUAAUUCUGUCUAAAUGUUUUAAAGAGUUUUAUUUUUAUCAGCCUUUAGACCCUGGUGACCCUUUAUGAGAGUGCCUCAUACUGUAGUGACCACUGUUAAGAUGAUUUGCACACUUCCUUGUUGUUUUCAGGUUAUAAAAAAACAUUGUUGCAAUGCUCUAUAGUUUGCAGAAAACAACAAAGUGCAUUGUAGUUUUAGCAGUGAAAAUAAUGAUUAGUAUUUCUAGAUGCUCCCCUCAUUGGCUGCCUUUGUUUACAUGCUUCACCCAUCCACAUUACACAUUGUGUGUUAGAGCAUAGCUUCAUAAUAGUGCAAAUCCAUGUAAUGGUUGUCAUGGGUCACAGUGUGAGAUAGUGGUCUUGGUUACUUUGAACAACUCAACAUGUUUAUAUCGAACAGGACAGAACUGAAACAAAUGGUUUAAAAUUCAUAUAGACUUUUUUCAUAAGCUAUGGGCACCGUACAACCUGAUAAAACAGACAACCCUUGAGUGAGAAUUAUCCAUACUGACAUUUCAUCUCAGAAUGGCAAAGAAACAUACUAUUCAUCCAGUAGUUAAGGAUAUGUUUUUAGCAGGAUCCCAAUUUGAUAACAAAUGCUCAUAUUGAAUUAUAUUAAAAAACAAUCAAUCUAUAUCAUUACUAUUAAAUAAUGAAACAUUUAAGAUAUUUUUUUGAGAUAUUUGAGAUUUGCUUUGCCAUCUCUUUUCACCCCGUAGAAGGAUGACAGUGCAACUAAUCCAUUAAACAGGCCAGUAUUAAACCGAACUAUGAACAGUUUUAUGUUCCUCAUACAGAAGUAUUCUAUAUUCCAUAUGCUGAAUGGUAGGUCUGAGGUGCAUACAAGACAAAAGGUCAUCUCACUGUAAUGUUUGAAUGUUACAUUGACAUUGAUAUGUAGCGAGUAGCUUGACUUGAAGUACGACAGCUGUAAUAACAACUCCCUCAUGCUCUCCAGUCAAUAAUGGGAUCAACUUUUGUAUAUCUAUGUAAAACAAUUUUGGGUCAUUAUUCUCCAAUCUGAUUUGCCAAAGAGAUCCUAAAAAAGCCCAUUGGCUUGAAUGGCUGACCACUGGAGAAGAGCUGAGGAGAGUUGUUCUAUGUGCUGUGAGUAAAAUGAUGCUGUCUCCAUUUCUCCUCAUUCAUGGCUGUUGUUCUGUCACAA